CAGGAGACGAAGCGGAAGUCUGGGAGCGCUCCUACAACUCCGACGAGGGAAGUGCGGCGUCAUGGCCGCCAGCGACCACGAUGGCGCAGAUUCGGCUCCGGCGGCCUCUAACGGUGGUGCCAGCAACAGCACAAAAUCUGGAGAGGAGGUAGUAGUCCAGGUUCCUGUGGUCGAUGUACAAAGUGACAACUUCAAGGAGAUGUGGCCAUCCCUCCUGCUGGCCAUUAAGACAUCUAGCUUUGUGGCUGUAGACACGGAACUGAGUGGGCUUGGGGACAGAAAGAGUUUACUGAACCAGUGCAUCGAGGAACGUUACAAGGCCGUGUGUCAUGCUGCCAGGACCCGUUCUAUCCUGUCCUUGGGCCUCGCCUGUUUUAAGCAGCAGCCAGACAAGGGUGAACACAGCUAUUUGGCCCAAGUGUUCAAUCUCACCCUGCUGUGCAUGGAAGAAUAUGUCAUAGAGCCAAAGUCUGUGCAGUUCCUGGUACAGCAUGGCUUUAACUUCAACCGGCAGUACGCCCAGGGUAUCCCCUACCACAAAGGCAAUGACAAGGGUGACGAGAGCCAGAGUCAGUCGGUGCGGACACUGUUCCUGGAGCUGAUCCGGGCCCGGCGGCCUCUGGUGCUACACAACGGCCUCAUAGACUUGGUGUUCCUCUACCAGAAUUUCUACGCACACCUGCCCGACAACCUGGGAACCUUCACGGCUGACCUGUGUGAGAUGUUCCCCGCAGGCAUUUAUGAUACCAAAUACGCUGCUGAGUUUCAUACCCGCUUCAUGGCCUCCUAUUUGGAAUAUGCCUUCCGGAAAUGUGAGCGGGAAAAUGGGAAGCAGCGGACAGCUGGUGGCCCACACCUUACCCUGGAGUUCUGCAACUAUCCUUCCAGCAUGAGGGCCCACGUCGACUACCGCUGCUGCCUGCCCCCUGCAACCCAUCAUCCUCAUCCCACCAGCAUCUGUGACAAUUUCUCGGCCUAUGGCUGGUGCUCCCUGGGACCACAGUGUCCCCGGUCCCAUGAUAUCGACCGUAUCAUUGACACUGAUGAGGCUGUAGUGGAGGAGAAGCGGCGACGGCGACGGCGUAAGGAAAAGCGGAAGAGAGCUUUGUUGAGCCUGUCUGGGACACAGACUUCUGGAGAAGCUGAAAAUGGUCCUCCCACAAAACAGGUCUGUGGAGAAAGCCUCAAGAAUGAGGAAAUUGAGGAGAAAGUGGCUGAGGAUGAAACUAGAGACCAGCCCAGCUCUGAGCAAGACCACAAAACUGACUUGGAGAUGGAUCUGGAGGCAACAAGGCCUGAAACCGCUGAUAUGCCUCCCCUGGAAAUGCCAGAGAAUCAAACCAGCCCUAAUCCAGUGCCUGGGGAUGGAUUGCAUCGGGCUGGAUUCGAUGCUUUUAUGACUGGUUAUGUAAUGGCCUAUGUGGGCAUGAGCCAGGGCCCCCAGCCCUGCAGCUCUGGACCUUGGCUACCUGAAUGUCACAACAAGGUAUAUCUGAGUGGCAAAGCUGUACCCCUCACAGUAGCCAAAAGCCAGUUCUCCCGUUCCUCCAAGGCCCACAACCUGAAGAUGAAGCUAGCUUGGGGCAGCAGCUGACCCGACUUUUGCCUAAUUCAGGAUCCAGGAAGGGAAGCUGCAAGUAGAACAGAGGUGUCUGUGCCCACUCUGCGCUGCAUUGCUUCUGGCUCUUUACCAUAAAGGCUGAAGUCCAAGGACACACGUAAGGAGGCUGACCAGCACCUGUAAUACCGACUUUAUUUUUAAAUCUGAAAAUGUCUUGGGAAAGUUUUACAAAAAAAAAAAAUCAACAGAAACAAGUUAUGAAAAUAUUUGACCAA